AUGGUCCCACAAUCUGAUUCCCCAAAUCCCAAUAAUUCCGCUCCCCUUCUCUCCUCGCCGCCGGCUGCACCAUUUUCCGAUGAAGAUUUCUUCUCCACCACUACCUCCGUGGCCUCGGGUUCCACCUCAUCCGACUCCAAGCCGCCUUCCCCGACACAGUCCCUACCCUCUCAGAUCCCCAUCCAAUGGCCUCCGGACGGAGAGCUAACCUUAUCUUGGGUCAUUGACCUGAUGCAGGCCUUCGAAUGGGCCUCCAGAGCGCUACCGCCCUCGGAGUUUGCCUCUUUGCUUCCGGUCGAGGUCUUUGAUAAACUUGUGCUUACGGCGUCCAAGAUUUUGCAUAAAGAGCCCAAUUGUGUUGAAAUUGAUUCGGAAUCGGGUUUGGGUUCAGAUUCCCGAGUAGUGGUGGUUGGUGAUGUGCACGGCCAGUUGCAUGAUGUUCUGUUUUUGCUUAAGAACGCGGGAUUCCCGGGCGAGGACCGGUUUUUUGUGUUCAAUGGAGAUUAUGUGGACAGAGGUGCUUGGGGUCUUGAGAUUUUUCUACUGUUACUGGCGUGGAAGGUUCUUAUGCCUCACAGGGUAUAUUUGCUUCGGGGAAAUCAUGAGUCAAAAUAUUGUACAUCUGUUUAUGGAUUUGAGAAAGAAGUCUUGAUCAAGUACGGAGAUAGCGGAAAACAUGUCUACAGGAAGUGUUUAGGCUGUUUUGAAGGACUUCCUCUUGCUUCCAUUAUAGCUGGGCGUGUUUAUACAGCACAUGGAGGGCUUUUUCGCGGUACAGUUGUCACCCCAUCAAAAAGGGCUAAAAAGAAGAAUCGUAAAGUAGUUCAUAAUCCUGAAGGCAAUGCUUUAACUCUUGGUUCCUUGGAAGAGUUGGCCAAGGCUAGGAGAUCUGUCCUUGAUCCUCCUUGGGAAGGUUCAAAUUUGAUUCCUGGUGAUGUUCUUUGGUCAGAUCCAUCAAUGAUCCCUGGUCUUUCCCCAAAUAAAGAGAGAGGCAUUGGUCUCUUGUGGGGUCCAGAUUGUACUGAAGAAUUUUUGAAGAAGUUCAAUUUAAAGUUGAUCAUUAGGUCACAUGAAGGUCCUGAUGCAAGGGAUAAGCGGCCUGAUCUUGGAGGAAUGGAUGUAGGAUAUACUAUAGAUCAUAUUGUAGAGUCUGGGAAACUCAUCACACUAUUUAGUGCCCCAGAUUAUCCACAGUUCCAGGCAACAGAAGAGAGGUACAGAAACAAAGGAGCAUAUAUUGUCUUGGAACCCCCAGAUUUUGACUCCCCAAUUUUCCAUAGCUUUGAGGCUGUUACUCCAAGACCAAAGGCAAAUCCUUAUUAUGAUUUUGAAGAUGUGAUUGAUUCCGAUGAAGAAUUGGACUUGGUGUUGAUGGUGCCAGAUUCAUGA